AAAAAGACGCUAAAAAUCAAAACAUGUCAAAUUUAACAAAAUUGAUUUACAACCGUCAACAUCAUCACCAAUUUAACUAACCAACCCUAGCUUGCCUUCAGCCAUCUGCUUGCUUAUUACAAGCUGAAAUCACCUUCUCCUUCUCAAAGUCAUAUUCAGAUUGGCUUGCCAUUCUCCAAUUGUUGUUUUAGCUCCUAUCAAGUGAGUGAGCAGUGACGCUAAUCUACAUACAAAAAUGGAAGCAGAUCAAUUUGAAACAUCUGCUAUUACAAGACGAAUAGCUAAACAACAACAGAUGCAACAACAAGCCAGAACCAAAGUCAAGCAACAGAAGCUUAGACUCACAUUCAUGGGAUACGUGAUUGUGCUUAUAUUCUUAGCAAUUGUUCAAAUUAUCGGAGUGGCAUUUUUCAGUAUGGGAUUCCUUUUAACUAGAAACGUAUUACCUGAUAUUGCUGAUUGUAAUAUUAAUGAUAGUUGUAUACCGCCUAAGUUUGACAAAGCAGUACUAUUAGUCAUAGAUGCAUUGAGAUUCGACUUUGCUAUACCAAUUGAAGGCUCAAAUGAAUAUUAUCAUAAUAACUUCCCCAUACUAAAUCAAUUAGCUCAAAAGGAUAAUGCUGUUCUUUUGAAAUUUAUGGCUGAUCCUCCUACCACAACAUUACAACGAUUGAAAGGGUUAACCACAGGAUCAUUACCUACCUUUAUCGAUGCAGGUUCAAACUUUGAUGGUGAUCAUAUAGAUGAAGAUAAUUGGGUAUUGCAAUUACAUAAACAAAAUAAAUCAAUUGCUUGUUUAGGAGAUGAUACUUGGCAGGCUUUAUUUAGUAAUUAUAUUAAUCCAGAUUUGAGUUUCCCAUUUGAUUCAUUAAACGUUUGGGAUCUUCAUACAGUGGACAAUGGUGUCAUCAAACAUAUAUUUCCAUUAUUAGAUAAAUCACAAAGAAAUCAAUGGGAUGUAUUAAUUGGACAUUUCUUAGGUGUUGAUCAUGCUGGUCAUAGAUAUGGUCCAACUCACUAUGCUAUGAAGGAAAAAUUAAAUCAAAUGAAUGAAUUAUUAAUUAAAAUCAUAGCCGAAUUAGAGGAUAAUACUCUAUUGAUUGUUAUGGGUGACCAUGGAAUGGAUCAUACCGGUAAUCAUGGUGGUGAUUCAUUAGAUGAAUUAGAAAGUACUUUAUUCAUGUAUUCAAAGAAUAAAAAGUUUAACAAAAAGGAUAAAUCACAUUAUGAUAUAAGUGAUAAAGGUAAAAACUAUAGAUGGGUAAAUCAAAUUGAUAUAGUGCCGACAAUUUCCUUGUUAUUAGGACUUCCAAUUCCAUUCAAUAAUCUUGGUUAUCCUAUCGAUGAAGUCUUUUCUAAUGAUUUGGAAUUAGCUCAAGCAGCUCAUAAAUCUGUUCAACAAUUACAUAGUUUCAGAAUUAAAACACCUGAUUUAUCAUCUAAAUUAAACGAGGAUUAUCUUAGUUUUAUCCAGAAUUACACUGACCAUGGUAAAGAUAAAACUCGUCAUCAAGAUUUAGUGGAACAAGCUAAAAGAUAUCAAUUCACAUCAUUAGAAGAAUGUAAGAGUCUAUGGGCCACAUUCGAUAUGAAAUUAAUCUACAUCGGGUUAACUAUAUUGUUUUUAUCUUUGACAUUCCUUUUGACUUAUGCUAGAUCCAUUCCAUCAGUUAGGGUACUGACCAUGUCAUUUGAAUUCAUUGGAUCUGUGAUAGCUAUGUGUUUACUUGGUCUUGUUAUAAGUUUAUCAAUCUAUAUUGUGUUGAAACCAGUUGAUUUCAGUUUGAACAAAUGUUUAGCUACUGGAGCUGCUGCUGGUAUAAUCAUUGGAUUCUGGGCUCCAGUUAUGGAUAGAUUCAGCCUUAAUUGGCUUUGGCAUCAAACUAUUGACUUCUUCCUCUAUAACUUUAACAGCUAUUCCUUUGCAGGAUUGCUUUUUGUGUUUAGUCAUUGUGUGAUAUUUGCAUCUAAUUCAUUUGUUGUUUGGGAAGAUAAAAUGAUUCUGUUCUUUUUAAUAUCAUUUGGAUUUUGUUGUCUUUAUGGAGUGUCAAUCAAAACUGGUUUACCAAAAGAGCAAAAGAUUUUAGGAUUAAUGCAUGCAUUAACCUUUAUAUUAUUGACUAGAUUAACUUCGAUGAUUGAUCUUUGUCGUGAAGAACAACGUCCUUAUUGCGUACCUACAUUCAUUUCAAGUUGGUGGUCCAUUUUGUUAUUACAUGGUAGUACUUAUAUAUUACCAGCCAUGAUUAUGUCAUUCUAUAAUUUAUCCGGUUCUUACCAUUCAGCAGCUCCAUUGUGGAUCGGUACUGGACUUAAAUUCUUAAUGUUUAUGAAUGCUGCACAUUGGAGUAUCGAAUAUAUUCAAAAUUCUGAUUAUUUCAAUGCCAAUAAUAUCUACAUUAGUACUGCUUUAUUGAAAUCUUUAAAUUUAGCAAUUGCUAGAAUUGUGCUUUUUGUGGGAUUAAUAUUAGCUAAUUAUAGUUGGUCAAAGGGUCCAUUAUGUGUUAAACUAGAAUUUCUGCAAAAUGAGGCUGAUAUCAAUACUGAAGAGAAUGAAGAAGUUGAUGUUCCUAAAACAGCUAAUAUCUUAGGGUAUGGAAAUGUGUAUGGAUCUUCCUAUUUCUUAUUGUUGCUUAACUUCGCAGUAGCAAUUAUGCUUGUUACAAAGCCAUUAGGAGCUAUUUCAUUGAAUAUGUUAAUCAUUCAAAUUUUAUCCCUUUUAGAAUUAUAUGACUUAUUAAAUAUUAGAAAAAACCUUGUGGCUCCAAUAAUAUUUGGACUCUUAGCAUACCAACACUUUUUCAGUACUGGUCAUCAAGCAACUCUUGCAGCUAUUCAAUGGGAAAUAGGAUUUAUGACAACGGAAACUAUUGUCUUUCCUUUUACACAUUUGAAUAUCAUUCUAAAUACAUUUGGAUCUUUCUUCAUUGUAUGUUUAGCCAUACCAUUAAUCACUUUAUGGAAGAUUGUUCCAUCCAAUAAGCCAAUUACCGUGUUAUCACAAAUCAUCACCAAUAUAACUACAUUGUUAACUUAUAUAGCUAUUACUGGGUUAUCAAGUUUAAUCUUUGCAGCUCAUUUCAGAAGACAUUUAAUGGUAUGGAAGAUCUUUGCUCCUAGAUUCAUGUUAAGUGGAUUAUUAAUAAUCUUACUCAAUAUAUUCAUCAUUAUAGUUCCUUUAGCAUUUGGUACUGGUAAAGUGGUUACUCAAGUUAAUAGAAUUUUUGGUAAAUAAGCCAAAUAAUAGUACAAUUACAGAAAUACGCCGCCCUCUUACAGAAUACCUACAUACACACAUAUCUUUAUCUUUAUAUUUAUUAACAAAAACUACUUAAUUUAUAAACUUAGAAUAUUUAUUAAAAUAGUAUUA